AUGGGUAUCUCCUUUGGGAAAAAUAUUGAUGCAAUCGAAGCCGGCACUCAUCAAAGUCUUCUCGCAGAGAAAGGUCAUUACUAUGACCUUGUCAAUGCGCAACUCUUCAAUCGACCGAAGAAAGAAGCUUCUCCCAAAGCAGGGACUUUUCCAACAAAAGAUCAAAUCUAUUCCACGCAAGUAUCGGUGGAAAAUGUAAAAAUGAGAAGAGCAUCGAUUAAGGAAACGGAGAAACCGACUUUUUUCUUCUGGGAUCUCUAUAAUUUGCUUGAUCGAAAAACGAAAGGCAUUUUCAUUUUAGCGAUUUUCUUUGGAUUGACUGAGGGAAUCGUUCCACCGAUCUAUGGCCUUAUCUUUGCGCAACAAGAAAUGGGUUUGGUCGACUUAGAUCCGGAACGAAUGAGAGCAAAGGGACAUGCUGCAGCUUGGAAUUGGAUUUAUCUCUGCUGCUUCGAGGGUUUCAGAAUAGUGCCAAUGGCAAUUUGCUUCAGCAUUGCCUCGUGUCGUUUGGCGGAGAAGAUUCGUGCGAAGAUCUUCGAAAAUGUUUUGAAUCAAAACGGGAAAUUCCACGAUGCUGCGGAGAACUCGUCGGGAAAAUUGACGGCUUUGUUGGCAUCAGAUGCGGUCGCAGUUAGACUGGCUUUCGGUGAACCACUUGGUGAACUUUGCAAAGGAAGCGUUGCCGCCAUUCUCGGUCUAUUUAUCGGUUUUUAUCUCAACUGGCCGACAACUUUAUUAAUGCUAAUCAUUGUCCCAAUGGCCAGCUUUCAUGGGAUCACGUUGAGAAAACUUUUACUUACAUAUCAUAGAGAAGAGUCAUCGAUGAAUGUGAAUAGCAGUGAACUGUUAUCCGAAGCUUUGGCUAAUAUUAAGACUGUACAAUGUUUGAACUUGCAAAAGCCACUCUUGGAGACUUAUUGUGAGAAAUUGGAGAAACGAGUGCAGACCGGGCAGAAGAGAGCAAAGAUCAGGGCUUUCAUUAACGCCGUGAAUGCGAUGAUGAACGCGUGGAUCAACUCACUCAAACAGGGAUUCGCUUCUUGGCUCAGCGCUUGGGAUUCGACUUUCGAUCCGAUCAGCGUGAUGAGAACCCAAUUCUCGUUGACAAACGUGGUGGUGGAUCUGAAAAGCGCCACCGGCUACAUCGAUACCCAUUCGAAAGCGCAAGUUUCAUUGGAAAACAUCGGUCGUUUGUUGGAACUAAAGCCUGAAAUCGAUAACGAACUUGAUCAAAACCUUAAUUGGGGCAAAAUUGAGUUCAAAAACGUGAGCUUUACCUAUCCAGAGCAACCGGAGGAGUUGGUGCUGAAAAAUGUAUCCUUCACGAUCGAGUCCGGUGAGAAAAUCGGAGUUGUCGGCCGAUCGGGCAGCGGGAAGAGCACCAUCGUGGCGUUGUUGCAACGCAUUUACUCCACGAAAAAUGGAUCGGUUCUCAUCGACGGAACGAAAAUCUCCAAAGUUCCCCUUCACUACUUGCGCAGUCAAAUUGCCGUCGUAUCGCAAGAGCCAACGCUUUUUGAUGACACGAUUUUUAACAAUAUCGGCUACGGUCUAAAUCUGGAGCUUUUAUCGAUGAAAUCUGUCAUCGAGGUAGCUAAAGUAGCGGGCAUUCACGAGUUCAUCACCACUCUGCCUGAUGGUUACGAGACAAAAGUCGGCGCUCUUGGAUCCCAGCUUUCUGGCGGUCAAAAGCAACGAAUCGCGAUUGCGAGAGCUUUGGUGAGAAAACCGAAAAUUCUGAUUUUCGAUGAAGCGACAAGUGCGCUGGAUUCGGAAACGGAAAAGUCUGUCCAAGCAUCGAUUGAUUUGGCUGCUCAUGGUACAACUUGUAUAACAAUCGCUCAUCGUCUAGCCUCAAUCAAGAACUGCGACCGAAUUCUCGUUUUUGAGAAGGGAAAGCUGGUGGAAGAAGGCAACCACGACACUCUUCUCAACACUCAAGGAAUCUACGCUCGUUUGGCCACGCUCAAUGAUCACAAUUUA